UCUCUCCUCAAAUCUCAAAAAUUGGGUUUUAUUGUGUUCUCUCACUCUCAAUUAUCUGCCUUCUUCUAGGACGCAAAAUUCUUGUCUUUUCUGGGUAUUUUCACAAUACCCAAGAUUUAAUUCUUGGCUUGGGUUUAUCGCCAAAUGCUCUCGCCUUUUUUGUGGUGCAGGAUUAUUAUUAGUCAUUUUCAUUGUUUUUAUCUUCAAUUUUAUCAAAAUUUUCAGUAAUCUUAGAUGGGAUUUUUCAAGCUUCCAAUAUCAUAAAUGUGUAGAAGUGUUUCAGUGGGUGUUAAUUUGUAGUGGGUUGGAAUAUUUUCCGAUGAUAUUUUCCGGCGAAUCAUUUGGUGGGUCUAUAUUUGAUUAAGGUAUGAAGUUAUUGUCUCUUUGAAGAUGAAGAGCAUCAGGGAUUGGGUUUUCGCUCAGUUAGUUUCUGGCUCAUUUGUCUUGCCAAGGCCUUUGUCUAGCAGUUCUUUGGAAGAACCCCAGAACGAGGAGUUUGUUUCUUCAGGCUCCACACAAAAUGUUGACGUGGUAGCAUCGCAAGAAACUGCUGAUAUGUCAUCUAUCUCCAGCAGCAGUCAAGAAAACCCAAUGUAUUCUUCUUCACAGCAGAUUCUUGUUGACAAUUCAUCUCCCUCUUAUAGCUCUGCUAAUAGAACAAAGUUAGAUCGCUUGUCAAAAAUUGAGGCACUUCAAAUUGAUUUCUUUCGUAUUCUACAACGGCUUAGGCAAUCACCAGAAGAUAUACUUGUGGCCAAGGUCCUAUAUCGGAUUCAUCUUGCCACUUUGAUAAGAGCAGGGGAAUCCGAUUUGAAUAGAGUUAACCUUAGAAGUGACAAGGCUAGAGCUUUAGCAGCAGAACAGGAGGCUGCUCAGCAACCCGCACUUGAUUUUUCUUUGAGAAUACUCGUCUUGGGAAAGACAGGUGUUGGUAAGAGCGCUACCAUUAACUCUCUUUUCAAUCAAACCAAGACUGUGACAAACGCUUUUAAGCCUGCUACUGAUCACAUCCAAGAGGUUACUGGUUCUGUGAAUGAUAUCAAAGUAACAGUUAUAGACACUCCUGGUUUCUUGCCGUCCUCUACACUUAAUGUACGAAGGAACAGGAAAAUUAUACUUUCUAUAAAAAGAUAUAUCCAAAAAAACCCACCUGAUGUUGUUUUGUAUCUUGAACGCCUUGAUGCCAUGAGCAAGGGGUAUAAUGACUUCCCUCUUUUAAGGCUUAUGACGGAAGUUUUUGGGCCUGCAAUGUGGUUCAACACUAUACUUGUCAUGACGAAUGCUGCUGCUGCACUUCCCGAGGGACCCAGUGGAUCUCCUGUCAAUUAUGAAUCUUAUGUGACUCAUUGCACAGAUCUGUUGCAACGUUAUAUACAGCUGGCGGUUUCUGAUGCUAAACUCGAAAACCCGGUAGUUUUGGCUGAAAACCAUUCAACGUGUAGGACAAAUACCUCAGGAGAGAGAGUACUCCCAAAUGGGCAGGUUUGGAAACAACAGUUGCUGUUAUUAUGCAUGUGUACUAAGGUACUGGGUGAUGCUAACUCCCUCUUGGGACUCCAAAACAGCAUUGAACUUGGGCCAUCUAAUAACUCUCGGCUGCCUUCACUGCCUCAUUUGCUUUCAGCUUUCCUCCGUCAACGCCCUGUGAUGACAGACGGGGAAGUUGAUGAAUAUUCUUUUUCAGAUAGCGAAGAGGAUGAUGAGUAUGAUCAGCUACCUCCCAUUCGAAUUCUGACAAAACGGCAGUUUCAGAAGUUGAGUGACUCUCAGAAGAAAGAUUACCUUGAUGAGCUGGAUUACCGAGAAACCUUGUUUUUAAAAAAGCAAUUGAAGGAAGAAUCACGCAAGAGGAAAGAGAAAAAGCUUUUAGGGGACAAAUGCUUGCCUGACGAGGGAAAUACAGAUGAUCCUGAAGCAUUACCAGAGGCUGUACAGCUGCCUGAUAUAGCAGUCCCUCCAAGUUUUGACUGCAAUUCUCCUAUAUAUAGAUAUCGAGGUGUUCUAACGAGUGACCGAUGGCUCUGGAGGCCUGUCUUGGAUCCUCAGGGAUGGGACCACGAUGUGGGUUUUGACGGAGUAAACCUGGAAACCGCUGUUGAAAUAAAAAGAAACCUAACUGCUUCAGUUUCAGGACAAAUGAGCAAAGACAAGAAUGAUUUCAGUAUUCACUCCGAGUGUGCUGCAUCCUACACUGAUCCCAAGGGCCCGACAUACUCCGCAGGCCUUGACAUCCAAUCAUCUGGCCAAGAUAUGCUUUACACCGUCCGAAGUCAUGCAAAGUCUGGAAAGUGGAAGCAUAAUGUUGGCGGUUGUGGUGUUUCUGUGAUAUCUUUCCAGAACAAGUAUUAUGUUGGUAGUAAGCUUGAAAACGUCCUUCACAUAGGUAAGAGACUGAAGCUUGAAGUAAAUGCUGGUCAACUGGUGGGUGCCGGGCAAGCUGCAUAUGGCGGGAAUCUUGAAGCUACUAUAACGGGGAGAGACUACCCCGUGAGGAACGAUAAGGUCAGCAUGGCCAUGAAUGUUCUAUCGUUUAAGAAAGAGUUGGUGUUGGGUGGAAGUUUUGAGUCUGAGUUCCGUCCAAGCCGAGGCAUAAGAUUGUCGGUUAAUGCCAAUUUGAAUAGCCGGAAUAUGGGGAAAGUUUCUGUCAAGACUUCUAGCUCCGAACAUGUGGAAAUAGCUUUGAUUGCGCUGCUCACUAUUGUCAGAGCUCUCUGCAGAAAAAGAGAACCCCAUUUACUUGGUGAAGAUCAGGAGGUGGGAUAAUAUCAUCUUGCUGCCCAGUCUUGUAGUAUUGGAAUUUGUGGUUUCAGAUUUACCUUUGAUGGAAGAUAACGGUAUCAUUCUCCCCCAGAAACCAAUGAUUUAUCAUCAUUCCACAUAGGCAAUUAGAGAGACAAAACCUAGUUGUUUGUACAGUUUAUGAAGGAGAGUGGUACUGCUCAUUUUGAUCAUGAGUGUAGGAAUCAGGAGGUAUACAAUGAGAAAUGUUGUAUUUCAGCAGUUAUAUUCAUCACAAUUAUACUAGUCUCUGGAAUCUGAGAGAACUUUUGCUUC